AUGGCCAAUAUGAUUGAGCAGCUGGAUGCUCUCAUCGCAGAUACCCUCUCGGCCUGGAAUAUCUACACCACCCUGAUUGCCUUGGCUCUGUUUACAUUUGUAGCAUAUCCACUCAUCUUCUGGGCUGAGCCCGAUACUCAUCCUCUGCUUCUUGCUCGUCAAGCUGCCGCAUCUCCUGUCCGUCAGCCACGUGAGUCUGCUGUGUACCGCUCGACUGAAGUCCCUCAUGGCUACGGCUUGAAGACUGGUCUUUCGGUUCGCGCUCCCGGUGCUCCCAAAUGGACUGCUGGCAAGGAUGGUGAUCUCAGAGAUAUCUGGCGUGAGGCUGUCAACUCCUCAGCCUCUCCUGCCGCCAAAAUCAUGUCUGUUCACGGAGGCAAUUCCAUUGCCGAGUGUGACUUGAGCAAACUUUCGAAAACCAUCAACAUUAUUGGCUCGCAUUUGCAAAAGGCUGGUGUCCAAAAGGUCGCCAUCUACACGCCAAACUCGGUCGAGUACCUUCUCACCAUCUUUGCCUGUUCAUUCUAUGGUCUGACUCCUAUCCUUGUGCCUUUCAACCAAGAACAUGCUAUUGUUUGCAAGCUUCUUGAGCAGACACAGGCACAAGCUGUAGUUGCUACUGCUGGCUCCCUGCCACUUGCUGGUCUUACUGAAAGUGUUUCUUCUCUGCGUCAUGUCAUUUGGGUUACAGAUGCCGCCAACAAGCACAUGGAUUGGCAAGGUGCCCCAGAAAACGAGACCAAGGGCAAGCUUGCGGUAGAUGUCUGGGACAAUCUGGUGACAGAGGCUUCUUCAACAAGCAGUGAACUGCCCAAGAAUGACGAUAGUGUGGUCCCUGGCAAUUUGAUCUUCCUCUGGCAAACAAGCCCUAACUCCCCUGCGGAAGUGGUCGAGUUCACCCAGAAGAACAUGGUUGCAGCUAUCGCUGCUCUGAUCUCUGCCCUCCCCCAGCGCCAGCGUCUGGGACCUUCAGAUCUUGUGCUGCCGGCUGAUUCGUUCAGCCAUUCCUACGUUUUGUCUUUGACCAUGGCCGCACUUUUCAGUCACAGCUCUCUGAUCAUCAACUCUGUCGCAGGCACUGGCGUUGAUCUGUCUCUUGCUAUCCGUGGUUCGCCUACAAUUGUCAUUGCUUCGUCUGAAUCUCUUGCAAACGUGCACCAGACUUAUAUGUCGGGAGCAUCCUCUGGCCUCCACAAGAUGGUACACUCAAGCCAUGGUCGAGCUCUGGCCGCUGGUCGCAUGCCUGGAGAGGACCUGCUGUACAGAAUGGUUGCUCCAAAAGGAAACACUCUCGGCACAUCGGCCGGUAAGCUGCGUCUUAUUUUCGCAUCCGAGAGAGCCGGAACCGGUGCUGCGACUUUGAGCAGUGCCGCCCUUCGUGAUCUUCGCAUAAUCACACGCUCCAGAAUCUGCUACGCCCUUACAGCUCCUUCGGUGGCAGGUGCUGUCGCGCAAACCAACAUCUAUGACUACAGACAUGACGACCGCCCUGGACACAGCCACUUUGGUGCUCCUUUGAGCAGUGUCGAGAUCAAGCUUGUGGACAAGGACGAUAACAAGGUUGAUGGCACCACGCCCUCGGGCGAGAUUGUUGUGUCUGGUCCUGCUGUCGUUGGAGGUGAAAGCAAGCUUGGAGUGAAGGGUAUCUUCCACGAAGACUGUACCUUAGGCUACGCGUGA